AUGUCUAACUCUCCUGCUAUGCACGCUCUUCCUACCACUCCAUCUCCUCCUGUGUCUGAUGUGUCUGACUCGUCGCGGUCAUCCACACCCGAAAACGUGCCACCGGACGAACCCACCACACCGGUGAUGGGCAAAAUUCCCUUGAAAACACCGAAUACAACACCCUACAAGUCUCAAGCGAGCGUUUCUGCCGUUUCUCAACAUGAGUCCAUUGAAAGACCCAAAGGAUUUCACGCAUCCCUGUACGGCUCUGAGGCCGGAGCACACACACCGGGCGCGUGGAGCAUGGACGCAUUCUUGUCCUGGUGUUUCCCUUCGGCUAAUGCAGAGGACUCGAUAUCCGCGCUGAAGGAGAGCCAGAUUGGAGAACUGAAAGAGCUAUUGAACGAUGUGAAACCAGGGGAUAAAGGCGACAGGGAGCGACCCAUGUAUAAGCCUCUCGUAAAGUCACUUCAGUAUAUUCUCGACCACCUCAGAGACAGAGGCGACACCAUACCUCUGGCGGUCCACGACACAUCACGGAAGUUCGCAAAGGGCGACGAUAGACUGCGCAACAUUGCCCCAGAUCUGAUGAUACAGGUCGACAAAGGGUCCGAUAAGAAGGAUCGAUGGCCCCAUGCCCUCGGCCUUAUUGAGGUGAAGCCGAAUAGAGAGGAGGAUCCCGCGAGGAAUAACGACCCCAGUCGAGACAUGACACAAGGUCAGACCAAGACAUGGAACCAGCUUCAGGAAUACGGCGCUGUCGCUUUCCAAGCUCGACCGCGAUGCUACAUGCUUGGUAUGGGUAUCUAUGACGAUAUUGCCCGUUUCUACCGAUGGGACCGCUCGGCGGUCAUCUUUUCCGAGUCAUUCCACUACAAGACAGACUUCAAACCUUUGGUGCAGUUCCUGCACGGGUUUGCGACGUUCUGCGGGAAUACUAUGGGUAUUGACUCAUCGAUCACGACUGGGGUACCUGACGACUUCCCUCUGCCCCUCCUGCGGCGGAUAUAUCACAAGGCUGUCGAAGAUGGUGUUGUCAAGCACAACCGCAAGUUCACUGAUAAUGAUCUUCCAUAUCGUAGCUGCUAUAUGGCAGCGCCCGCAAGUCCGACCUCCGAUGAUCCGGGAACAUAUGUUACUGUGGGCGGUCCCCUCUUCAGCUCGCGGUCCCUUUUUGGUCGCGGCACCAAGACCUGGUUAGCCGUAUCGGCGGCAGCGUCGGAGUCAAUCUACUCAGUGGGCAAGGAGAUGCGCCAGUGCGUUGUCAUAAAAGACGCGUGGCGCGACGCCGACCGACUGCCGGAGAAGGACAUUUAUGCGCGCAUACAUGAGAAGGGGCAUAUGUUCGGUGUCGCCCGGUGCCGAGGAGGCUUCGACGUCGAGACGGUAGUACACGCGCAAAAGAAAGAGAGCCACCAUACUUGUGCUCCCAGGGUCAACGCCUUCUUGCCCGAGGCCAAAUUCUGCCCACGUACACAUUAUCGAGUCGUACUAGAAUCAGUAGGUAUUCCCUUGAGCCGGUUCACAUCGACUCGCCAGCUAGUCAAAGCCGUGAGGGAUGCAGUAAAAGGUCUCCGCGACAUGGCCAAGGCGGGCAUCCUCCAUCGCGAUAUUAGCAUCAACAACAUCAUGAUCAGUGCUUCUCGCAAAGAAGAGCACAACGCUUGGGGUUUUCUCAUUGACCCGGAGUAUGCCUCCUUUAUCAACGACAAGCAAUCCACGUCCGAUCUUCGUCGGAUUACGGGAACUAUCCAAUUCAUCUCUAUCGCCCUCCAACGGAAAACAAAGGGCGUCCCCCGCGUCGUACAUCAAUCGUGGCACGACCUCGAAUCAGUUUACUGGGUUGUCCUCCACACCGUAGUGUGUCAUGUCGACACAAAUAUCAUGCCGGAGCGUGUACACGAGAUCUUUGACCACUCCGGGGGAUAUGGCAAGCACGGAUGGCUGAGUUCUGAUGAAUGGAGCACGGUGGAGGUCAUUGACCAUCCGCCCCUUACCCGAUGUCUCCACGAGCUAGGCCGACUUGUCCACAGCCACCACAUGGCAGCUGAGGAGAAGGACCUUUUGACCCAUGAACGGGUCUUGAAGGCUUUUGAAGACACGCUUCGUGCUAAGGACUGGCCAAAGGCGGACCCGGCCGCACGCGAGUUCGUGCCAUGUAACGACCCAACGAAGCAGAGGAACUUGGAUACGUCGCAGGUAGUCUCCUCCGCUAUGCGGUCCGCGCAGGCCAGCGGCAUCUCAGAUGCUAUCGUAAAUGCGUCAAGUGCUUCUCGUAAGCGCAAGGCUGGCGAUGACGUGGAGGUACAUCCCGAAGCUCAGUCCUCCGAUAGCAAACGCAGCCGGGUCUAGAUCGCGUAAGAUGUUGAUUCCCUGCUUCAUGCGACGAACAUUCUGCGGCAGCGAGCGUCUGGAUAUUCGCAAGCGCCUCAGUCUCCUGCUAUGAUAGACUCGUCCAUUACCUUUAUGCUUUUUCUGUUCAUACGAUUGUACCAGUUUAUCGUACGCUAUCCAUGGUCCUUCCAUAGCUUAUUUAUGCAUCGUGUCUGAGAUC